AUGGCUUCCUUUUUGUCUGGCGAUUCCUCUAACUAUGGUAUAAGUGAUACUGGUUCCUAUAAACACACUCAGGAUAAGCUAGACGAAGGAGCCUGUUGGUACUUUUCCAGAAAGGAAAUUGAAGAAAAUUCUCCAUCUAAAAUAGAUGGAAUUGACUUAAAGAAAGAGGCAUAUCUACGCAAGUCAUACUGUACUUUUCUACAAGACUUGGGGAUGAGACUUAAAGUACCCCAGGUAACGAUUGCAACAGCCAUAAUCUUCUGUCAUCGAUUCUUCCUUUGCCAAUCCCAUGCAAAGAAUGAUAGAAGGACCAUUGCAACAGUGUGUAUGUUUCUUGCUGGGAAGGUUGAAGAAACUCCCAGGCCGCUGAAAGAUGUCAUUCUUGUCUCGUAUGAAAUUAUUAAUAAAAAGGAUCCUGCAGCAGGUCAUAGAAUCAAGCAAAAGGAGGUAUAUGAACAGCAGAAAGAGUUGAUUCUACUUGGAGAGAGGGUUGUUCUUGCAACUCUUGCUUUUGAUCUUAAUGUAAACCAUCCAUAUAAACCACUGGUUGAGGCAAUAAAGAAAUUCAAAGUAGCUCAAAAUGCCCUUGCUCAAGUUGCAUGGAAUUUUGUUAAUGACGGACUUCGGACAUCACUUUGCUUGCAAUUUAAGCCCCACCACAUUGCGGCUGGUGCCAUUUUUCUUGCUGCUAAGUUCCUCAAAGUAAAGCUUCCAUCAGAUGGCGAGAAGGUCUGGUGGCAAGAGUUUGAUGUCACCCCACGCCAAUUGGAGGAAGUGAGCAAUCAAAUGUUGGAACUAUAUGAACAAAAUCGGUUACCGCCGUCCACUAAUGAAGUUGAAGGAAGUUCAGUGAGUGGUGCUAAUCAUCAGCCUUCUGCAAAAGCUACAACUAGCAAUGAAGAACAUGCAACAGGCAACAGCCAUUCGCAGGCUGGAGGUACAAGACCUGGAACCUCGAAGCCAGCAUCUAGGCAAGGGUCUGAGCAGUCUUAUGUUGAGAAUGGUGGACCUGCUAGAACUACCCACAGUCAAAGUAAUGACUACAGAAGUGCUGAAAUGAAAGGUGCUUUGGAUCAGAAUAUGGAUGUUGAAUUCAAAGAUAGUCAACCCCCCGAAGCAGUUUCACUGCACCUAGACAAGGUGGGGGAAUCUCAAAAUAUAUCAAGGUUUGUGUCAGAGGGACAUAGUGAAGAGCAAGAAAGAGAGAGCAAUGUCGGGAAAGGUGAAACAAGGGAAGGAUGGGAACCGAAGGAUAAACAAUUUGGCCGAAGUUUGGAGAAUCGACAAAGUGCACAUGGCCGAUCACCACAGGAAGCUAUAAAAAAAAUUGACAAGGAUAAGGUAAGGGCAGCACUGGAGAAACGAAGGAAAUCCGUGGCUGAUGUGACUCGGAAGACAGAUGUGCUGGAUGAGGAUGAUUUGAUUGAGAGGGAACUUGAAGAUGGUAUUGAACUGGCUACGGGGAGUGAGAAGAACAAGCGGGACAGGAGGCAAAGCUGGUCAAAGCCCUCAAAUAGACAAGAACAUGAGGGCCUGCAUCAGGGAAAACAUCCGGACGGUGUUGGAGAUGGCGGACCACAUUUAAACAAUAUAGAAGAAGGUGAGGUAUCAGCACUUGAUGCCGGACAAGAAUUUCAGUCACCAAAAUCAAGCAGUCGUAAGAGAAAGGCAGGAAGCCCAGUAGCAGUUCCUAUGGAAAGGAAGCAGCGACAUGAUUAUGCGCCUGGGCCCCAUCACCAUAAUCAUGGUGAUUAUACAGAAGAUCACAACAGGGUGGGCCGCUCUGGCCAUACAGAAAGGGAUAGCAAAAGGCAUGCACCGGAAAAUCAUGUGUGA